AUGGCCGUGGCGACGCCCGUCGACGAGAUCGCGACGACGACGGACUCCGAGGCCUUUUUCACGACGACGGCCUGCUACGCGCACCCGUCGCCGCAGGCGCCCUUCGUGCCCCGGGCCCUCGACGCCGCGCCGCCGCCCUUCGAGCCGACCAUCGCCAUGGUCGCGGAGAUGGACCUCGGCGAGGCGCUCGGCGCGACGCGCGUCGCGGAGUCCGACCUCGGCGGCGCGCUCGGCGCGCCGCGGCCCAGCGCGGCGCCCGGCGGCCGCCUGCCGCCGCUGCCGCUCGACCUGUCGGGGCGGAGCCUGGACCUCGGCGCGCCGCCGCUCUCGAGCGGCCGGCGCCGGCCGCGGCGCGCGGCGCCGCGCGGGCCCGCGCCGCGGCCCGGCGACGACGACCCGCCGCCGGCCUACGACGCCGCGUACGACCCGCCGCCGGCCUACGACGACGCGCCGCGCCAGCCGUCGGGUGGCCUCGCGCGCUGCGGGAGCCUGGACGGCCUCUGGCGCGAGGUCGCGUCGCCGCGGCACCGCGGCGGCGACGCGGAGGCGUACUUGCAGCGCCUGAACCUGCCGCUCGGGCUCAAGCUCCAGCUCCAGAAGUCCGUCGACACCUACGUCGAGCGCAUCUGGAUCAUCGAUAAUUCGGGCUCCAUGAGCACCUGCGACGGCCACAAGAUCAUGCGCAGCGCCUGCGGCGACGUCUGCAGCCGCUGGGAGGAGCUCACGGACACGAUCCACUGGCACGCGACGCUCGCGGCGCGGCUCCGCGCGCCGACGACCUUCGUGCUGUUGAACCCGCCGGGCAACGGCGAGCCCCAGAGCUGCAGGGUCGGCUACGAGCGCGACAAGCGCUGGCUCCACCGGGGCCACGACUCGAUCUACUGCGACCCGGCCGACGGGUCCAUCACGCACACCGUCGACGAGGACUCGGCGGAGUUCGAGGUCGAGCGGCUGAAGAACAUGCUCGCGUCGGGGCCCGGGGGCAAGACGCCUCUGUGCGCCGCCGUGACGUCGGUCUGCGGCGUGCUCGCGCGGCGCGCGCCGGAGUUGCGCUCCCGCGGGCGGAAGGCGUGCGUCGUCAUCGCGUCCGACGGCGCGGCGACGGACGGCGACGUGCACGCGGCGCUCGCGCCCCUGCGGGACCUGCCGGUCUGGGUCAUCGUGCGCCUCUGCACGGACGAGGAGAAGGUCGUGAACUACUGGGGGCGCGUCGACGAGGACCUCGAAUUGGACAUGGACGUGCUCGACGAUCUGGUCGGCGAGGCGAACGAGGUCUGCGAGCUGAACCCGUGGCUGAGCUACCCCAUGGUGCUGCACCGGCUCCGGGAGUUCGGCAGCUCGGACAAGAUCUUCGACCUGCUCGACGAGCGGCCGCUGAGCCUCGCGGAGGCCAGGGCAGGAAAAGAGAGCGAAAUUCCCAACUUCAAAGGCUCCUCUCUCGGCCGUUGUCCAGCGGAGGCGGCGGACCUCGCGAAGCUGAUCUUAGGGCCGCAGGCGACGGCGGCGCUCCCGCACCCGGAGCUCGACUUCCCCGCCUUUUCCCGGGCGCUCAAGGGCGCCCUGGCCUGCGAGCCGGCGGUCUGGUGCCCGCUGCGGAAGCGGCUCCUGCCCUGGAUCAACGUCCGGAAGCUCCGGAAGCUCCGGAAGCGCAAGCCGCUCCUGAGCCACCCGGCGCUGCUCCGCGCCCAGAGCUCGAGCGCCGCCUGCGUCCUGUCGUAA